AUGAGUUCUUGCAGCAAUGUCUGUGGGUCCAAGCAGGCACCAGCUGCUGCUGAGGGCGGGUACCAGCGCUAUGGAGUCCGGUCUUACCUGCACCAGUUUUAUGAGGACUGUACCACCUCAAUCUGGGAGUAUGAGGAUGAUUUCCAGAUCCAGAGAUCACCUAACAAGUGGAGCUCAGUAUUCUGGAAGGUCGGACUCAUCUCCGGCACCAUCUUUGUGGUUCUCGGACUGACUGUUCUGGCAGUGGGUUUUCUUGUGCCCCCCAAGAUCGAAGCUUUUGGUGAAGCCGAUUUCAUGGUGGUCGACACACAUGCUGUCCAGUUUAAUGGAGCCCUGGACGUGUGCAAGCUGGCGGGAGCCGUGCUCUUCUGCAUCGGGGGCACGUCCAUGGCAGGGUGCCUGCUGAUGUCAGUGUUUGCGAAAAGCUACUCCAAAGAAGAAAAAUUCCUGCAGCAGAAGUUUAAAGAGCGAAUCGCAGACAUCAAGGCCCACACCCAACCCAUUACAAAAGCGCCCGGCCCUGGGGAAACAAAGAUACCAGUCACUUUGUCCAGGGUUCAAAAUGUCCAGCCUGUCUUGGCUACCUGA